AUGAAAUCCUGGCUGGGAAGAGGCAAGAGCCUACAGUUCGGCAUCACAAUAUGCUGUCUUUCAGCGUUCAUUCUCUUCGAUUAUGAGCAAGGGGUAUUCGGCCCAAUUCUGCGCAACGAGAACUGGCUCAACCAGUUCAAACAUCCCUCCGAUUCAGAAACCGGCAUCAUCGUCUCGUGCUACAACCUCGGCUGCUUGGUCGGCUGUAUAGUCAACUUUGUGUUCGGUGAGAAGCUGGGCCGUCGCAAAUGUAUUUGGAUCGCCAUGAUAUGGGUUCUCGUGGGCACCAUUCUGCAGACUUCGGCCUUCUCGGUACCCCACCUCGUCAUUGCGCGAAUCAUCACCGGCGUUGGCACCGGGUUGAAGAGUUCGACUGUCCCAACUUAUCAAUCGGAGCUAUGCCCUCCAUCAUCCAGAGGCCGCCUCGUCAGCGCGGAAGUUCUAUUCGUCGGUAUCGGAAUCGCCGUGGCGUACUGGUUCAACUUCGGCAUGAGCUUCGUCAGCGGCUCAAUCGCAUGGCGCCUCCCCAUCGCCAUGCAAGCAGCAAUGGCAAUCGGCGUCAUCAUCCUCGUCCUCGCCCUCCCCGAGUCCCCGCGAUGGCUCUUCAGACACGGCCGCGACGAGGAGGCAAUGGACGUCCUCUGCCUCGUGUACGACAAGGACCCCACGGACGAAUUCAUCAACGCGGAGAGGGCGGCCAUCCUCCACGCCCUCGACGUCGAGUCCGAGACCGAGACGCCCUUCUGGGCCGUCUUCAAAAACGACGAGAUCCGCACGGGGUACCGCGUCUUCCUGGCCUGGCUCAUCCAGCUGAUGAACCAGAUAUGCGGCAUCAAUCUUAUCGUGUACUACAUCCCCACGGUCCUCGAGCUCAACGUCGGCCUGGAGCACCAGCUCAGCCAGAUCCUGGGAGGCUGCAUCAACUUGAUGUUCGCUGUGGGGAGCAUCCUGCCUACAAUUGCUCUGGACCGACUCGGACGCCGUCAGACUAUGCUCUGGGGCUGCGCCGGGUUGGGAGUCUGUAUGGUCAUGGUAUCCGGACUUCUGUCCCAGGCAGACGGCGGCGCGACGGCUCGCGGUACGAAUUUUGCUACCGCUUCGGUGGCAUUCUUCUUUCUUUACAUGCUCAUCUACGGAGCAAGCGUCAACUGCGUGCCAUGGGUUUACGUACCAGAGCUCGCUCCUCUCAACGUGCGCACGCAGUGUACCGCCAUCGGCAUCAGCAGCAACUGGCUCUGGAACUUCACAGUCGCCAUGAUCACGCCCGUCAUCAUCACCAGACUGCAGUGGAAAGCAUAUCUGAUAUUCGCUGCGACCAACGCCGUUUUCGUGCCUAUAGUCUAUUUUCUUUAUCCUGAAACGAGCAACCUUCGUCUGGAGGAAGUUGAUUUGAUCUUCAAGACCGGCCGAAAUCCUGUCACCGUCGGCAGGGAGCUAGUCGCGCAAAGAAGACAAGAGAUGAAAGCUGGCGUCACAACUGGCACAGCCUUUGAUGACAUGGAGAAAACGACGGGGACCGUCCAACAUAGGGAGCGUUAG